AUGUCGCAGCGAGAACAAGCACGGCCUUUACUGAACACUGAUACCGAGAGUCAACAUUCAGAAUGUCUUCUGGACGAAUAUGCCGACAUACCAUCCGCAGCUCGAAGACGUCGCAUCCUCAUGAAAGCUCUAGCACUGGCACGACCAACUCAUGUCCUAACGAUGCUGAAGCGGUUCUGUUAUUGCUUUGUCCCGCAGCUCUUGAGGACACAUGUCUUCGAUGAUCCAGCAGCUAAGCCCAAGGAAUUUUCCACGAGUUACCUAAACGGACUCCGUGGUAUGACUGCACUCAAAGUCUUCACUUUUCAUUACUUCAUGGUCUUCACAGACGCCACACACGUUCCCUAUGGAGCAUCAGAACGAUACACAUAUUGGACUGAGCUUCCUUAUAUCAGAUAUCUGUGGACCGGUUUCACUUCUCACAUCUUCUUCGGAUUGGCUGGUUAUUUGACCUGCCAACGUCUCUUUAUCUUGCUGGACAAGAAUGAUCAAGCGUCGCAAGCGGGCGUCCUCCUGAGCGUUUCUGGGUCUCUUUUUCGACGAGCGUUUCGACUAUACCUACCUGUUUUCCUAAUCACUUUGUUGAUGGCGACUUACAUCCAUCUUGGAUACUACGAAACUAAUAGGCCUCUCCUACUCAACUGGGGCAGACUUUUCCCGGGUGACUGGAACGAGACAAAACCAGACAUGUAUGAGACAUGGUACGAACAAUUGAAGUUCUGGGGAUCUGAAAUGUACAAGCUCUGCAACUUCGUCAGUGCUGAUACAGUCUAUCCACUGCACGACCAGCAUCUAUGGUCAAUUCUUGCAGAAAUGCGCGCGUCGCUACACCUGCACGGCAUUAUCGUAGCGUUGGCCCGAUGCAAGCGAAACGUUCGACUAACAGCACUCUGCAUGCUGGUACUUGUCUAUAUGUGGUGGAACCAUUGGGAAAUUUGGGUGUAUAUCCUUGGGGCUAUUGUGGCACAGAUUGAUCAGAUCAUGAAUGAGCAAGAGGUCGCCAAAUCAAUUCUAGAGGAAACCAAGCUGGCACUUAAUCGUGAGAUUGCCGAUCAGAACAUUGAGAAGGAAGAAAAACACGAUGGAAUGCCUCAGCAUGCGCCGAACCUUUUUCAGAUGUUUCAGUCGUUCUACACAAUCGAUCUGUCACCUUACUUCCAUGUACCGACGGCAUUGCAAGCAGUAAGAAUCACUGGCUUUCUCAUCGCCUUCUACUUGCUUUCCUAUCCAAUACACGGAGCGAGAGGUGAUCGAGCUCCGGGGUACGAGACUCUCAAUCUCUUCAUACCCGAGUGGUUGGAACGCAAGGACAAAUUCUAUGCAAAUUGGGGCACGUUUUUGCUGCUUCUUCUGCUCGUCCGUUCAGAUCCCAAGAUGUCUAGAUGGCGGAAAAUAACAAAUCAUUGGUUUCUUCAGUACUUGGGCAAGAUUAGUUUCGGUUUCUAUCUCGUGCAGCAGAUCAUUCAACAUUCGUUCGGUUACAUGAUACCACAUCACAUCUGGUGGGCAUGCGGCACAGAGGGCGUCGACACAACAGAGGCGCCAUGGCUGUCCGCGAUCCUCAUGGGCAAGUUUGGCAUCGCGGAUUUCUUUCCAACCGCUCCAGCAGUCCGUCAGCAACGUAAAUCGGAAAAGGUUCACGACGAUGCGCAAUCACACGCGAACGGCUCCUCUCACUCACCCAGCAAACAAAGCACUGCUGCACGAUCUGACCGGACGGAAGAAAGAAGGCUAAAUGACACACUCAAGACUGACACUAAACCUAAGAUGCAGCAGUAUGAGAUAGAACACUAUGCUGGCGAUAUCCUCAACGGCGUAGGUUCCGCGAGCUCGACCAGCACUUAUUCUUCCGUCUUUAGCGACAAAAUUAUUGCCUCGAACACGAACGCAGCCACGGUGAGCACGCUCACCCCUCUGACAAACACUGAGUCUUCACCUCGGGGAAAACUAGCAAGCCCUUCUUUCGAUCACAACUACGGUGCAGUGACAGCGAACGGUGUAUAUGCGGCGCAGGGCAACAUGACUCCGCAACUAACCCCUCCUGCAUCGAAGACAUGGGCGAGAUCCCAAGAUCUGACAAUCAAAGGGUCUACGUGCACCUACGAUCCUGAACUCGAUAAAGUCAUCCCUCUCAAAGAACGACGGAAAAUGAAAGCAUCGUUUAAAGAGUUUGGAGACAAACCUGAGCAUAACAUGAUCCCAAACGACCCUCGUGGUCCUAGGCACAGUUACCUCAAAGGCAUCACUGGAAAAGGCAAAUCUAAAGUGCGCCCUGCCCCAUACAAUGUCAAAUCAUGGCAUGGAGAAGCCACUACUCCAGCCAUUCCUACCCAACCAAGCGCCGUGGUUGUGACAGGUUUCGAUCCCAUGACACCCUUGGCUCAAAUCACCGCCCUUUUCUCGAGUUUCGGACACAUUGCAGACAUUGACAACAAGAUAGAUCCUAUCACUGGAAGAUUUUUGGGCAUUUGUAGCAUAACCUACCAGGAUUGUGUGUCCUUCCAAGGUGGUGGUCCUUUGUCCGCUCAACUCGCUGCAAAACAGGCUUUUCUGGAAGGCAAGAGGGGCCAGAGGAUAGGCACAAGAACGGUAGUCAUUCAAUUGGAUCGAGAUAGUGCUGUCUCACAAAAGUUGAUCGAAGCUGCGAUAGCGAAGCACAGGAGAGAGAGCGGGUUUUCAGGUACACCCACGCCCAAGCCGAUACCGCCGAAGCCCGUCACACAUCCUUUACCUGCCGUUCCUCCUAGCUCAUCCUCCGGUUUCGCGAAAGUUGAUGGCCCUCCUCCAACUGCGCCGAAGGGUCCGGCUGCGAAAGCCAACAGGACCAGCUCCGUCCCUGUUGCAAUUACCCAAACGUCUCAUACUCUACAUACCAAGCCAAAGAACAAAGAUGACGAGAGAGCGAAAGGACCUGCUUUGGUUGAGGAAGAGGCUGUUGCUGAAAGUCUUAAACAACAACCUUAUGUAUUCAUAUCAAACGAGCACGUACCAGUGCUGCCCACGACCAUUCCACAUCUAAAGAAAAGAUUGCGCAUGUAUGAUUGGAAGGAUAUCAGAUGCGACAAGACUGGAUACUUUAUCACCUUCGAGCCCUCAAGAGCUGGUCAGACGGAAGCGAAGAAAACAUACCACGGCUCUCACAUGCAUCCACUCUUCACCUAUGUGAUGAACAUGCAGUUGAACCUCAAUGGAAAUGUUAAGCCUGCCGAGCCUGGCGAGGUACCUGUUCCCGUGGCGCCACUAGACUUCGUGUCGCAGAAGCAGUACAUUCGGCAGAAAAGGGAGCGUGACUUUGAUCUUGAGGAAGAGAAGCGCCAGCGUGCUAAAGAUUUGGACCCUUGUCGCGCUGUAAUGGAAAUCGCCAUUCAGGAGAUUAGAGACAAACUUAUUGGAGAUGUUAAGUCGAGGUUGGCAGCGCCUGUCCUGUAUGACUACUUGGACCCGGACAAACAUGUGGACAAGCGACGCAAACUGGGUAUCGAAGACCCUCCUGAAGUACGGCGACAAAACAUGUCUGAUGGCAUCGCUCUACGAAAGCCUGGCAAAAGCCUGAAUAUCCUCUCACUGCCAAAGAUUGGCAAGAGAUCUGGUCUCGAGAAACUGACCGGCUUCCGAGAUGAGAGGAGAAAAGCUCCUCCUCCAAGACCAGCAAUUCGUCCAUUGUUUCAUCAACUUUCUCAGUGGGACGAAGAGGAUGAGUCCGACGAGGAGAAUCGGACAUCAAUCACGCGCGAUACGGAAGAUCUAGAAAGUCGACCAGUGAGUCGCAUGUCUAUGACCUCUGUAUCUUCUGAAGACGAGGAACUCAUCAAGAAGGUACAGCGGCGGCGCCUCAACCAUGCACGUGAAGACUCUGAGAUGGGCGAAUCUAUUAUGAAGGAGGAGCCCACUCCUGUCAGACAAAGCGCCGAAGAUCUUUUCAUUCAGGGCCUCGAAAAAGAGCUUGUAGGGCUAUCGAAUGACAAAGCCGGCAUCCGAAAACGGAAACGAAUAAUGGAUAAGAUCGAAGCUCGUAAACGGCAGAAAGCGGAUGAAGAGUUGUUCGGAGUUUCCAAGACAGAGUUCGAGAGGGAAAUCUCAGUCGAACCUAUCGUCAAAGAGCCUGACACACCUGUUGAAGCAACACCUGAUCCUGAAGUUGCAGCCCCUAAACCAGCUAAGAAGGCAAAACCUAAAAAGAAGACGAAGAAAGAGAUAGCUGCAGAGAAGGAAGCCUUACGGCAAGCGCAAGCCGAGGCUGAAGCGGCUGCUGCUGUACAGGAUGUCAUGGAGUUAGUAGACGAGGAAGAGGCUAUGCUCGAGGCUGCUGAACGAAGACCCGAAGUCGAGUGGGGAGUGUCUGCGGAUCAUCCCCAACCAACGGUCGAAGAUGACGAAGACAUAUUGCCAGACAUACGUGGUUGGCAAGCCUCGCUGGUCGACGCAGAAGAUCUAAGUCUCCUCGAGGAUGUCCUUCAUCAAAAAGCGCCACUCGAUAUUGGUAAUUCAAUAGCGUUUGCGUGGAAGCAAGAGCAGCUGCGGAAUUUGGGCCAAAAUGUACAGCCUGGUGUCGUGCGUAGAGAGCCGCUCAUCGAAGGCUACUAUGUUCCCAAUCCGUCUGGAUCAGCACGAACUGAGCCAAUCAAGAAGAUCCUCGAGUCAGAGAAGUCGAAAUACCUGCCGCACAGAAUUAAAGUGCAAAGAGCCCGAGAGAAGCGAGAAGCAGAAGCGCAAAAUGCUGGACCAACAAUGCAAGUCAAGACCGCUCCUGAAUUACCCAAGGCAAGUUCGAGAGGCAAGCGUGCGGACGAUCGAAGAACAGUCAAGGACAUUGAUCGUCAACGUGAGAUGCUUAGAGAUCAUGGCGACGAUGCGGAUGUCAUUGGCUUCAACCAAUUGCAGAAGCGAAAGAAGCCUGUCAAGUUUGCACGAUCUGCCAUUCACAACUGGGGUCUGUACUCUCUUGAAAGGAUACAAACCUCGGAGAUGAUCAUCGAAUAUGUUGGUGAGCGUAUACGGCAGGAAAUCGCAGAUCUGAGAGAAAUUCGCUACACAGAGUCUGGAAUUGGUUCUUCAUAUCUCUUCAGAAUUGACGAAGGAACGGUAGUGGAUGCCACAAAGAAAGGUGGUAUUGCACGUUUCAUUAAUCAUUCUUGCUCGCCGAAUUGCACUGCCAAAAUCAUUCGGGUCGGAGGAACAAAACGUAUCGUCAUUUACGCGCUGCGAGACAUUGAAAAAGACGAGGAAUUAACAUAUGACUACAAAUUCGAGCGAGAAAUCGGCUCGGACGAUCGAAUACCUUGUCUCUGCGGAAGCGUCAACUGUAAAGGCUUCCUCAAUUAA